UGGCAGAGCUCAGGGAGACCGACUUUCACAUCCAAAGGUCUUUAGCAGGCACUUGGCAAGCCAAUCGUCUUGUUUUAUCUUUGUUGUACACGGUUUAGGCUCAAGCCAGGAUUGUACCUCGCCAAUGGACGCUCCCUCGACGCCCGCAACUGCCGACUUCUCCUCGACGCCCCCGAAACGCACGAAGAUCGUUCUUCUUGGCGACCAGAGCGUCGGGAAGACCAGUCUCAUCACAAGAUUCAUGUACGAUACGUUUGACAACACCUACCAGGCCACCAUCGGUAUUGACUUCCUGAGCAAGACUAUGUAUCUGGAGGACCGGACGGUGCGGUUACAGUUGUGGGAUACUGCCGGACAGGAACGCUUCCGUUCACUAAUACCAUCGUACAUCCGUGAUUCGUCUGUAGCUAUAGUCGUGUAUGAUAUCACGAAUCGACAAUCCUUCCUCUCAACGUCAAAAUGGAUAGACGACGUUCGGUCAGAACGGGGGAACGACGUCAUUAUUGUACUCGUCGGCAACAAGGCCGAUCUGUCGGAGAAACGCCAAGUUACUAUAGAGGAGGCAACUGCAAAAUCGACACAAAUGAACAUCAUGUUCAUGGAAACGUCAGCAAAAGCUGGACAUAACGUGAAGAGCUUGUUCAAGAAGAUCGCUCUAUCGUUACCUGGUAUGGAGAAAGAAGGCCAAACAGAUGCUCAGAAUACCAAAAUCGAUGUUACGACACAGCAGGCUGCCACCGUACCAGAGGCAUCACAGUGCAAUUGCUGAUUCACCAUUUCCGAUGUGACGAUACGUGCUACCCCCUUAUGAUAUUAUAUACCUGUUUUGCUUGCCCGUGUUGCAAACAAGUACGUUCUGCUGCUCCCCCAGAUCGACGAGCCAUUACAAAUUAUUUGUGACACAAUGCAACGGACUUUCUCGGCUUCCCAUCGUUAUCCCCUUCAACCGCGAUUCAUUGUGUUUCCCGCUCCACGCGGAUUAACAUCCUUGAACUGCGCCCACUGUUCGUCUU